UUGUGAACAGCAUCUGCAGUCGGCAAACGCCAUUUUGACUUGUGUUACUACUUUUAUGUAUGGUGGUUAAUUAGGCUAAAGUCUGUGGUGUCUAUUAUUGAAUCAAGAAGUUUUCAUAUUUGAUAUUAUUGAUUAUAUUCCCAUUUGAACGGACCAGGGGAUAAGGUUCGUUCGCUGGGUUCUGAAGUUAUAAAUGUGUGUGGUUAGACAGUAUGUCUACAUUUUCCAGUCUAGGAUCCAAAGGGGGAAAGCCGAAGUUUCAAUCUUUGGAUAUAAAUAGAAUCUACAAGAGUAGCAGAGGUGAAAGCUCAGAAAAAACCCAACAAAAAAGCACAGUACAAUACAAACAUGGCAUGCAAAUAUUGGGAAAAGUACCAAACGCCCGUAGGCCCCCUGCAAAUUUACCUUCUUUGAAAUCAGAACAUAGUGGUAGUGAAGCUGCAGUACCUUUAGUACCACCCGGUGGACCAGGAUGGGGAAAGCAAGAGUCCAGUUCUCCUCCCAAUGGAGUACCGGUUUCCAAAUUAGAUCAGACUCCACCUCCUACUUUACAUCAAGGUGCUCAACCUACUCAAACUGUCCCCCAGAAACCAGAAGUCCCACAUCAUGUGCCAAGUGCACCAAUAGACAAAUCAUGGAGUUCAGUUAUGAGCAGAGGGGACGCACAUUCCCAUCAUCCUCCACCAUAUCAAGGCCCCCAGUUUCAGCACGAUUUUCCGAGCCUCUCGGCCACAGACGGAGGACAGGUCAGAGGUGGAGGAACAGAAGCCCCCUAUUCUUCGGGUUUGAGUUUACGGCCACAGACAGAAGGUUCCUGGAUAGGAGGUGGAACUGGACCAGGAGGAGAGGGAAAACCAGCCUCGGGUCACCUGGGUUCCCCACCACAGCUAUCGGCCCAGGCAGGCCUUUUGCAACAACAACAGCAGCAAACUUUACCACCUCAGUAUAGAGGUGUAAUGCCCUCCUUUAUGUACAAAAAUAAUCCCCCUCCUGCGAAUGCCCCACCUAGUCUGACAGCUACUCAUCCUGUUAGUUCUUCUCAUGAAAAUAAUGGACGGCAGGAAAAUCAACACUUUAAUAAUAAAAAAGGUUUUGAUGAAACUGUUCCUCCUUCCAUCAUCAAGGAAGAAGAACUUCAUAGAAUGGAUGAAAUUGAGAGGGACAUGGGUUGGGCUUAUUCAGAUGAUAUUGACUAUAAUAAGAAACUCACAUUUAGCGAUGAUGAAAUUUUGACUGAUAAAAGCUCAAGAACCAAACAAGCAGAAGGAAAAAUUCACGAAAAGCCAACAGAAGUUUCGAAAAAGGAAGUUAACGACGCUUGGCAAACAUCUAAUAAGGGACACUCAUCAGAAGAAGAAGAAAUGAAAUUGAAGAGAACUCAGCACUUUAAGGAAGUUGAACUUGCAGUGCAAAGGGCAAAGCAGAGAAAGAAGGAAGAGGAAAAGCGAUUUAAUGAGGCCACCAAACAAGGUGCCCAACAAAAACUAAAAGAGUUAGAGGCAAAAAUAAGCAAACGUGAUCGAGAUGGUGAAGAAGGGGUUGGAACAAUAAAUCCAUCUAUUGUACCUCCAAAACCAAUUGCUCCCACAGAAAUUCCACUCCCAGAUUUUCAAAGAGAGAAAGAUCCAACUACUACCUAUAAAGAAAAAGAAGAAAGACAUAAAUUACCAGUUGAAAGUCACGAUGAAAAAGUUGAAAAGUCUGGUAAUAGCUUCAAACACUUGACAGAAAUUGAAGGAAAGACAUUCAAGAGAAAUUCGAAAAAUUCUGAGAGAGAAUCCAGGGAACAAGGAGCUCCAACAUUCUCUAGGCAAUUUCAGAGUGAUCUUCCCCCACGUUUCAAGAGACAACAUACUCAGCAAAAUGUUCAACCCCAGUAUGGAGAACACUAUGAUAACAGAUCCUCAUUAUCUCCUAACUACCCUAAAAGCAGUAGUACCAGAAAAGUUCCCUUACCAGGUCCUACUGAAAUUGAACCAAGGAAAGUGAAUAUUGAAGAAGCUCCUUUAGUUCCCCAACCCCAAGAAAUUAUUCGUAAAUCUGAAUCUCCUCACAUUAUCGAUACUCAUGACAUUGAAGUGCCCAAACUCAAAAAAGAAACAAGAAUUCAAGAAGAAAAAUUCGAGAAAAUUGAAUCCAAUAUUAAAGACUACGAAAGAAGGGAUUAUGCUCAAGGAAGAAACAGAAAUGAAGUGGUUUCUACUGAAAUUAAAUCUAAAAUCAACAAAAAUCAGGAAAAUCUUUAUGAAAGAUUCCAAAGAUUGGAUUCUCAAGAGUCUAAGGUGUCUAGAGACAAAUAUAUGUCUGAAGAUAAUCGGGAUUAUAAUUCUUGGUCUGAGUCUAGAUUUGAGAUGGCAUUUGAAGAAAAGCGAAGAGAAGUUCAUAGGGAAGACCGUAGGCAAGUUCCAGGUCCUAUAACUAGAGAUAGAAUUGAAGCUGAUGAUUUUAAUGAAAGUCGAAAUUUAACUGCUUUGAAACGUGGUCAAAUACCUGAGAAGAAAGCCAAUGGUUUCAAGAAUAAAGAAGAAAAGACUAAUGAAAAUUUGGAGCACAAAAACAGUGAAACAAAUGAAGCUAAACUAAGUUUGGAUCAGUCAGACAAAUCAAAGAAUGCUGCUAAAAAAGAAGAAAAGGAUUCUAAAACAAGCGAUGUUUCUAAAAAGAAUAUAAAAAAUGAUGACUAUAGAGAUGAGAAGAGGAAUUCAAAUAGAAAUAAAGCGUAUCCUUCAAACAAGGCUUGGAACAAUGAGUAUCAUCACAGAUCUACCGGAGAACGUGGAAACUGGCCAAAAAGAUCCAAUUCCAACAACAAAAAUUCUCGUUCAAAUGUUGGUCACAAACCAGAAACAUUUGUUAAUAUUGCAACAGAUUCAGAAGGUUCCUCCGAAGAACAUCAUUUAAGAGAUGAUCAUUCUAAUAAAAAAACAACUAACAGAAAUCAUGGAAGGGACGAAAAAAGAAAACCAGAUAAGGAUAGGCAAGGUGACAAAGUUCAAGACAUCAAGAGAGAUAAUUAUGUUCCAAGAGGUGAGCCAAGUAGACUCGGAAGAGGAGGUGGUAAUUUCCGAGGUAGAGUAGGUCUAAGUAAAAGAAUAGAUGGCUAUGGACCUCCACCAUCAAAAAGCCCUUUCACCCAUCAUGAUGAUAAAAAACCAAGCGAUAAUGAUGAUUUCCAACAAAUAGUCUCUAGUGAAAAUGACAAAGAUUCGCCAGUUGAGAUUAAGGCAGAAGAAAACAAUGCUGUCACAGAAAAUAAAGUCACAGAUGAUAAAGAACCUAAGAAUAAAUCUAAUAAUAAACCUUUAACUGGUUCAAAGCCCCAUAAUUCGAAUGGAAAUCCUUCCCUUUCUAGAAAACCCAAUCAACAAUCUCGUGCUGUUAAUGAAAAGAAACAUUUUGGUAAAAAUGAGACAUCUAAUACAGCUCAAAUGAAACAAAGUAAAUCUGAUGAAUCUAAUUUGUUGUGUAGUGCUAUUGCUGAUAUAUCCCUGAAAAAUAAAGAAGAUCUUAGUGGCGAAAUGGAGGAAGAAAGCAUUGUUCCUGCUGAUUCUGAUGGUUUCCAAGAAGUUAAGAGUAAAAAGACAGUGAAAGAACGUCCAAGAACCGAGGAUAAGCUCAAUCCUGUCUACCCUGGGAAAAACUUGAAAUCUGAUAUGAAAGAAAGGGACAAAAAUAAGAAACCUAUUCCGCAGCAAAUUCAACAACCUACCCAUAAUAUACCACCACUGAUGGCUGUACAAGUGAAUCCUCCCCAUAUUUUGCCCCAACCUAAUAAAAAUCAAUUUGAUCGUCAGAGUCGGCAGAACAAGAUACCACCAAGAUUCGUUAAACUUCGUGAAAAUAACAGGCUUCAGAAGAUGCAACAACAGCAUGGCAUUGUAGAUAUGAAUGACAUUAAAAAUCGAAAUAUGUUUGGUUCUAAAAUGUCUAAUCCUCCAAAUAAUCCUGUGGUACCAAUAUCUAAUGCUUGGGAUAAACCCUUGGGGACACCUUUGAGACCAAUAGAGCCAGACAAUCUUUUGACCGCCUCUAUAGAUGGUGGAAAUAGUAUUGAACAUCCUUCUGUGCAAGGAAAUGCAGAUGUGGAUAAAAAAAUCAACAAAUCAAACCUGCCUGAUACAGUAAUUCUUGAUGGUGCAACGCCCCCAGUGAAUACAAUAAUAUUUGAAAAUACCAAUUUCAAAUCUAUGCCUAACAGAAAUGUUCGUAACGAUAAGUUAAGGAAGGAAGAUGGUUCUCUGGAGAAUCCAUCGAUGACAAAUUUCAACAAACGCAUGAAUGAUUUACUGAUCAAAAAUGACAAACAGUCUGAUUCAAUUCAAUUGCAACUUCCCUUCAAAGAAGAUAGCGGCGAUAUGAAACUAGACUUUUUCGAUUCUGCCUUGUCGUUACCUGAUGAGAAAGCAUUAAAGAAUCCAUGUCUUACAAGGCCAAUUCACUCAAUGACAUCGGGGGGUAGCGAUAUUUCAACUGCCGAUGCCCUGAAUUACAAAAUUCAGUCGGUUAAGAAAGUUUGGGAAACACCAUCAGAACAUGGGGUAUCACAGGAAGAUGCUAACUCCAAUUUCCCUAAUUCUUUUGUCCCUGAUACUAACUCCUUGGAUGCUAGUUCUUAUGGCAAAGGAAAUGAUAAUGUUGAGGAUAAUCAUGAGCAACACGGCUACAAUCAAGCAGCCAAUCAACAAACGAGUAACAAUACUACCAAUGUUUGUAAGGUCAAACCCACUCAACAAGUCUCUGGUGCUACAAAUCAGGCAGUAUCCAGCACUAAUGCUCAUCCUGCUCAUUCCGGAAUAAUGGGCCCCGGAUUAAUGGGAAAUCCAUUAUCGCCCCCACCAAUUCAGCCAGUCAUUGGUGCUGGUGUUGGAAUUGGCCAACCACCUCAGCAAUUCCCUACAAAUCAGCAUAUUGGCUAUCAAACAAGCCUCGGCAGCAGAAGCCAAUAUGGUAUGUCCACGAUACCAUCUCCACCAUCAGUUUUACCCUACUCAGCCCCGCCUUUGCAAGCACAAACGGCCAACCUGUAUGGUCCAUUUCAAAUUGAUCAAACAGGUGUACUUGGAGGGCAGGGCAGGUCCCAAUUCUCCCAAUAUCCCAAUCAAUACGGUUUAGGCCAGGCAGCUUCGAGCCCCUAUUCGGCGCACUCUAUGUUCCUGCAAACUCCACAGGCCCAUCCACCUCCAGCUGCUCAAGGUCCCGAGAUUUAUCAGAACCUAAAUAGCUACAGAUUGUCGACUGCGGCAUUCGGUCAAAAUCAACAGCUGAAUAAUCCAACCACUGUUCUCAUUUCGUCUACUUCUAAUUCAUUGAUGUCCGCAUCUGUCAAGCCGUCUACCCAACAAAUUAGUGCAAUUGGAACCAAAUCAGGAGGAGUAGGACAAGCUUAUCAACCACAAUCUCAGCAGGGUCAGCAGAUGUACAUGUUUGAUCCUAAUAUUCCAGCAAACUACCUUCCAGGGUUACAAAGACCAACUGGUCCAGUUCAAAAUAAUGUUGUUCCAACAAUACAGCCUUCUUCUUCUUACUAUUCAGGAUCCACUCCUGCUGCCAAGCCGUUUAACUGUUCUUGGGGAUACUAAAGAUGAGUUCUUGAAAUGAUGGAGAAAAGCAAUGUUACAAAAUAUUCAAAGAUGAAAAUAUCUUCUAAAAAAUUGGUGUUGUGUCCAGAUUGUUGUCUUCGGAUUAGCUUUUGUUGUUUCACAUAGUCACCAAAAAUUAGAAAGGAGUUUUUCUGAGUAUUGGUGAAAACUAACUGGUUAUUAAAGUAUUUAUUAAUCUAUGCAUAGAUGUAUAAACUAUGAACUAAAUGUCGAGACUUCAUUUUAACAGUUUCUUUCUAUUGAAUGAGUGUAUUCAAAAGUAAUGUCCCUUAAACGAUGUAGAUUUCACAAACUCUUACUUCCCAGGGUAUAAUCUCUUGCAAGUUUGUCAAAAAUUAUUUCAAAAUAUAUUAUCAAAGUCGAUCUUGAUUAAUUGAUUAGUUUUUCUGUGAUAAAAAAACCUUAAAAAGUGUUAGUACUGAGAAGGUACAAGCAAUUUCUUAAAACAAAUUAUUUUUUCCUGAUGAGACAUUGAUAUGGAGAAGAAUAAUAAUUUGGUUAUAUUCACCAUUCCAUAUCCCUUUUAUUGGAACUGCGUUCUAAUAACUUUGAAUGAUUCAUAUAUCAGAUUGAAUUAAUUUAUAUCUCUUUAAGAAGUUUCUUAUUUUUAGUUGAUAAUUUGAGUUCAUCAUACCCAUUUGAAAACAGUGAAAUUGAUGUAUUAAUUAAAAUUAUUAUCUCUCAUGAAUCUAAAAAGGUUAAAUUGCCGAUUAGUAUAAAAUCGUCAUUUUGUAUGAAUUGUUGUCUGAGGACAUUGAAAAUUUGUUACUGUGGUUAAUAGUGAUCUAUCCUGUACAGCAUUAGAUUUUACUUUCUUCAGUGGACUGACUUCAACUUGGUCUUAUCAAAUAUUUAAGCUCUAUAUGUAAAAUUUGUAUGUGACAGUAUUGAUAAAGGUAUUUUAUCUGCUUCAGUUAUUUCUUUAGAUUGAAAGUUUUUUAUGGCGCACAAAUAGUAUACAACUUGUAGCUUUUACAAAAGUAAUCUGUAUAUGAUUGUAUGUACUUUGAUUGAUUAAACUAUCCCUUAGAAGUAUUAUCAGAAUCGGAUAUGAAA